AUGUCCAAAGUAUUGAAACCUGCAAAGAAAGUGAGACAGACAACCAUAGACCGGCUAUUCAAAAAGAAAAUAGAAUGCAAUACCAUCCAACAGUCCAAUAAAGAGAAUGUCCCAUCAUCGAAAAAAGUUGAACAAGAACAACCAACUAACAACGACACAACCUUCAACAACACACAAUGGCUAGAGUCCCUACCUAGUGAAUCACAAGAACUACUUUCGGUGGAAUCUCAGAAUAUUAGCCCUGAAUGGCUUUCAUUAGUCUACGAAGAGCUCACCAAACCGUAUUUCACUCAACUUAAACAGUUUCUCCAGCAACAGCAGCAGGCCAAGAAAACAGUGUUUCCUGCCCCGGAAAAUAUCUACUCUUUCACCAAAUACUGCCCUGAUCCUGCUAAAGUCAAGGUGCUUAUUUUGGGCCAAGAUCCGUAUCAUAAUUUUAACCAGGCCCACGGAUUAGCAUUCCUGGUGCUUUGUAAUAAAUUACCGCCAUCGUUGACAAAUAUCUAUAAAGGGAUCAAGAUCGAUUAUCCUAAGUUUGUGGUCCCCAAAAAAAACGGGAACUUGAGUCAAUGGGCGCAGCAAGGGGUGCUAUUAUUGAAUACUUGCUUGACAGUCGAGGCCCACAAGGCCAAUUCCCACAAUAAAAAAGGCUGGGAGACAUUUACCAGUACCCUCAUUAGAAACUUGAUCGAUUAUAAGAACAACACGUUAGACCAAGAGAUUGUAGUUUUGGCAUGGGGAGCGUUUGCCAUCAAUAUGAUGAAGAAAACCAUCAAUAUGGACAGUGUCAAUAAGAAAAACAAAAAAAAUAAUUUGGUGUUGACAAGUGUCCAUCCAAGCCCCUUGAGUGCCAGUAGAGGGUUCUUUGAAGGUCAUCAUUUUAAGAAAUGUAAUGAUUGGAUCUUAGAAAAGUAUGGGGAGAAGGAAGUGAUCGAUUGGUGUUCUAUUAAAGAUUAA